GAAAGGGGCCAAUACCACACACGUUCGUACAAGACGUGGCAUCCACACAAAUCUCUUUUACGCCGGCCAUAUUGAUUUUCGACGAAUAUCGGGGUGGAUUGGUGAAUGUUUUGGCUUUUUAAAGGAAAAAACGUUAUUUUUUUAAGAGGAAGGUUAAGUGCAACCAGACAAAAUGGGAAAUGUGUUUGCCAAUCUAUUUAAGGGGCUCUUCGGUAAAAAGGAAAUGAGAAUACUUAUGGUAGGGUUAGAUGCUGCUGGUAAAACAACAAUUUUAUAUAAACUUAAAUUAGGCGAAAUUGUAACCACAAUUCCUACUAUUGGAUUUAAUGUUGAAACCGUAGAAUAUAAGAACAUCAGCUUUACAGUAUGGGACGUAGGUGGUCAAGAUAAAAUUAGACCUUUAUGGAGACAUUACUUUCAGAACACACAGGGUCUCAUUUUUGUGGUCGACAGCAACGAUAGAGAGCGUAUCGGAGAGGCGAAAGACGAACUCAUGCGUAUGUUGGCGGAAGACGAGCUCAGAGAUGCGGUACUGUUGAUUUUCGCCAACAAACAGGAUUUGCCAAACGCAAUGAACGCGGCCGAAAUCACCGAUAAACUCGGUCUCCAUUCAUUAAGAAAUCGUAAUUGGUACAUCCAGGCUACGUGCGCGACCAGCGGAGACGGGUUAUACGAGGGCCUCGACUGGCUAUCCAAUCAGCUUAAGAAUGCUAAUCGUUAAGUGCAGUGUUAUUUGCAGUCACGACGUGAUUGUUUAUGUACUGAACUGAGUGUUUACUAUACCAUAUGUUGCAAAUAUGACCGCUCUGAGCUGUUUGUCGUCAUACUGCAACUUAUAUCAAUAAAACAAAAAUCUCCUUACAGCGUACUUUUUUCUUGUAUGUGACGAACAGUAUAUAUAUAUUUUAGUGAAAGGUUGCACUUGAGAUUUUUUAUAUGUGUUUUUAUUUAUUCUGGUAUUGCAGGUUUAUUUUGUACAAUAAUUGAUAUUUUUGUGUACUAGAAGGUACUGUACAGUAGUUAUUUGUAUGAAAAUAAACUAAAAUAGAAAAUGUUAUUUUUGUAACAUAUGGUACGUAAGUUGUUCAAACUUGGAACAAUUUUUAAUUGGGCCCCGCCCCCUUUUAUUGUUUAAAUGGAAUUUUCUCUUGUUUCUCUUGUAUUUCCUUUUUAAGAGCUAAAAAAAAUUGGUCGCCUUUUAUUUGACAAACUGCGGAUGAACAUGGCUGAGCAAAACAAAAAACUAUUAAAAAAAGUUUAUUCGAUGACAUUCCCGUUUGUCAAGCUGUAUUAUCAAAAUAAAUUUAUACUAUUAA